AGUAAAAAUAUCUCGUCGGAGAAAUCACAUGAUUUUGUUGUCUGUACAAAAUGGCUGCGCCCAUGAAAAAGAUGGCUCGCAGAGCAAAUUUAGUGUUUUCGUCACUUUUAAAGGUAAAAUGUGGGUUAGAUCGAGAAUGUAUGUGUUCAACAAGGGCACGGCUAAAAACAGUACGAACCUCGUUACAUAGAAACUUCUCUUAUGCUCAUGCAAGUUCGUCCUCCUUCGUAAAUGUGUCCAUUCUUGAGAGAAACCUUAGUCUACACCCAACUAAUACUAUCGGAAACUGUUACGCAACACUUGCUGACAGAAACUGCUGGAACUGCGGUAGAAAGAAUGGCUUCGAAGAUGAACGAUUCUUUUGUAAAUGUGGCAUUAUUCAAGAGGUACCAGAUGACAUCACAUACUUCAACAUACUCGGAGUUGAAAUGACUUUUGAUCUCGACUUGGCUCGGCUGAGGAAAAACUUCAUGCAGUACCAAAUGAAGCUGCAUCCAGACAAGUUCUCACAGAAGUCUCAGGAAGAAAAACAGUUAGCUGAUGAUCAAUCGGCAAUGGUGAACAACGCCUACUUCACACUCUUGAAACCGUUAUCACGUGGACUGUAUUUACUGGAACAGAAUGGACAAACACUGGAGGAAGGAACAGUAAAAAUGAACAAUGAAUUCCUGUUGGAAAUAAUGGAACUGAAUGAACAGAUUGCAGAAGCAACCAAUAAAGAAACUGUGAUUCAGCUUGGAAAAGACAAUAACUCUAUGCUGCAAAAAAUGGAGAAAAAACUUUCUGAGGCAUUUAAGGCAGACAACAUAUCUUUGGCUAAAGAAAUUCUCCAGGAAAUGAAAUAUUAUGACAAUCUUGAUAUAAAGAUUAAAGACUUGCAGAGAGAACAGGGUAUUGUGUUUUGAAAUGUUUGGAUUGCCAGAGGGAGCAGCACAAAAAGGGAAAUGCUGGCUAAUCUAUUAGUCUUUUCGAUAUCAUUUUAAGAAACAUAAGUGUCGCAAUUGUCAUGGAUAAGUGGAGCACAACGACUGCAGAAUCAUAGAUCUUUGGUGGCCCACCAAACACAUAAGCAAAGGCUUUCAUGAUAUGCCAUUGACAAGGCCAGUAAAUCAAAUUGUCCUCACUGUCUUCUCAUAUCAUAGUCUCUGUCAUUGUUCGUAGUGGGGAUUAGACAUUAAACAAUAUGCCUCCUUAUAAAUCUUUGGGUUUUAGAUAUAAUUUUGAGUGUACACUUCGGUUUUAAAAAAGAGUAAUAAAGUGUUUGUUAUUACUUCAUCAUCAUGAA